CCAAGAGGUUUUCCUUUGUUCAAAUGCUAUGAGUGAUUGAUCAAUUAACGUGGUCAAACGGAUCCCACUCUUGAACAUUAAAUGCUUGUAUAGGCAUCUCAUGCUAACAAACGGAGAAAUUAUAGAGGGAAGUGAGACGGAAUAUCCAUGCCCUGAUUAGUUACAUACCUCGCUCGCGCAUGUGCAGUUUAUUUUUAUAUACGCUACAGCCUAGUCUACAAUGACAUAACAUAAGGCUAUAAGACUUAUAAUUGUGCUGUAUACUUAACAUCAGGAGAGUUGCGUUACUGUAUAUGUGGUACAAGCGCAUAUAUGAAUUCGGUGUCGCCACCUGGUGCACUUUUGACCGACCAGCAUUGUAGGGGAACACGUCAAAAUCGCGGAAAGCCGCUAUCGGAAAAAUCUGUUCCGCCAUAUGAUGAGGCGUAAUGAAACGGCGUCACGCCGAAACGUUUCGCAAAUUCACGAAUGAAAGUUAGGACUUUGUGCAUGAGUGUAUCCCGUAAGCGAGUUAACAUGAUCAGCGGCAUUCAAAUCGCUCUGAAGAAUGCCAUUGACGUGAUAGCUCCACCAGCGACGCCAUUGCAAGAUUUCACUUAUCACUGGAAGCAAUUGAUGAAUUUCUAUGUGAGUCAUCUGACCGAUUGUAAAGUGCCUGUACAAAAUACUAGCAUACCUCGACAUUUGGAUAUACUAUUGGAUAUCUUAUUGCAAGAAGAGAAAGAAGAAAAUGAACCUGGACCCUGCCUAGAAUAUCUUUUGCAGCACAAACUCUUAGAUCUUCUGGCAACUUUGGCUAAUGCAGAGACGCCACCUGGCAUGCGAACGAUUUGCCUGAGCUUUUUAAGAAAAUUUCUGGGCAGGUCGAAGUAUCCCUUGCUACAUCAUGCGUCUAUUUAUGCACCGAUACAACGACUAGUUGCACUCUGCAAUGGCAAUCCACCAUCGCCGAUCGAGACUGAAGAGGUGCAGUUUCUGCUGACAAUCUGCUUCGUGGUGUGCAAAUAUCCUCAUAUAACUAAUAUUAUCUAUGACGCAGUUGUACAAACAGUCAAAAGUUCUAUUAAAAAAGAUAAUGAAAGAACAGAAAUCCAGAGAGUGACAUAUGUCCCGACUAGAAAAAGGAAUAAUUCCAAUCUCUUGUUUGAGCCCUUGAAUACCCAAGCGGUCACAUUAAUCAAUCCAAAUAUCUUCGACAAGGAACAUCGAAAAUUGCUACGUUCAAAUCAUGUUUUCAAGACGAUCGCAUCAGAUCCUGGACAUUUGUCCAGGAGAUCGAACGAGUCUGUGUCCUCGAGGGAAGAGAGUGUAUCAUCGAGCCCUCUGGCCCAAAAGUCUGUUUGUGAUUCACCUUCAUUGGAUGUGAAAAACGAACAGUGGGGAGAUAAAAAUGGAGAUUAUUCAGAAAAUAAAAUCGAUGAACAUUUACAGAAUUUGCGAGACUUGCGAUUAGAUACUGAUUGCAAUCUCUAUGACAAUGCGAAUUAUGUGACGGGUGAUAAUCAGAGUUUAAAAUCACUAAAGAUACCGGAAAAGUCCAAAUGUCUUUUGCUGGACGCCUUAAUGAGCUAUCUAAAUAGCGCGGACAACACCGUGAGGAUACGAGCGUGCGAAGGAAUAAUGGUUCUAGCUUCUCUGGAUGAUACUUCAUUCGCACAAACAGUGGCGAGGAGCAAGCUACCGUCGAUUGUGUCAACUCGUCUGGAGAAUUUGUUCAAUUCCAUUCCAGCUCACGUGGAUCACUUAGAUGUUUACAACGUAGAUGUCACAUGGGGUCUCGAUUCGCCAUUAUGGACGCAGGAAAAGAAAUUUCCUGGUUGCCGGCAAGUAGCAGCGUUCUUCAUGUGGUAUGAUUAUUGUGACCAACUGAUUAGGGAAGCCCAGAUGGAACUUGCCGAAACGUUAGCAAGAACUAUUCGAGUGAUGUUUUUUGAGAGAAUAGUGACGCCUGCUCUGGCCGAUCAUCAUGUCGUACUUAUUACAACUCUUGUCGCCAAAUGCUUGAAGGAAACAACUUCCUCCAUAUUGUGCACAGAGAUGAGUUAUUGGUUGGUCGGUCAAAAUAGAGAUCCGGAAAUACCAAAUGUAUGGACAUCGCCAGUAUUGCACAGAUUGAUAGAGAACUGUUUUACGGAUAGUAACGAUCUUGUGGUAGAAACGUUGAAAUUGUUUGAGGAGGCAAUUGACAAAAGAAAUGAGCACAUACUGCACUGUCUCUUAUUGAUUUAUCUAUCUACGCGAGCGUAUUAUGAUAAUACCGCUGCCGAUAGUGCUAUCGCUUCAUGGAGUGAUGAGGAAGACGAAAGGGAGAAGGAGAAGAAAGGAUCUUUAGAUCUUUCGUAUGAGCAGAAUCAUAGCCGGACUUUGGCACCAAGCAAUAUUCAUCGAGUUAUUAAUUGUUUUCUAUCAAUGAUUCCAUAUUAUUUGCAAACAGACUCAGAUGUCAAUAAUUAUGAAAAAUACAUACCAGCUUGGGAACAGCAAUAUACUUCAGUACUUUCCGAUUGUGGUCUGAUGGCAUGGCCAUUGGAGGCGGUGAUGGUAGACGACUCUGCGAGUUCCGACUCGCGACCAGAAGCCGAUCAUUGCUCAGGUCGAUUCUAUAUGGGACCAUUCCUGAGCAUGCUCUUUGACAAAAUCAGCAAUAUGCCGAAGCAAACAUAUGAGAUCAAUUUAGAGAUCACAGGAUUGAUUUCCAGAUUGGCGCUACUCCCACACCCGUACCUGCAUGAGUUUCUGUUGAAUCCUCUACUACCUUUAAUUCCUGGUACAAAAAGUUUGUUCUUGUGCUUACAAAAGGUUAUCAAGCAACUUGUUAAUGAGAUACCAAAGUCACCAGAGAAUAAGAUGAUAUUGAAGGAGACGAGACAGAGACUACUGAGUUACUGUUCCCAAGAAGAGAAAAAGGAGAACAUUUUAUAUGAAUGCGCUGUAGUGACGGAGGAAUUUUGCAAAGAUCUUGCAGCCAUAGCAUAUGUUAAAUAUCAUCAUUCCAUUUAAUAAAAUUCUACACACAUAUGCGUGUGCGCGCCCGUGCGUGCGCGUGUGCGUACGUGCGUGCAUGAGUGCACGAGUAAGAGAGAAAUAUUUAUUAAUAGAAUGGCAAUGCUUAAAAGUGUAUAUUAAAGAUUUUAAUAUAUCAAAAUCACAUAAUUAUUUAUACUUUAAGUAGCAAAUACUUUUUAUGGUGACUUUGUAAGACAUACAAAUCUAUAAUUUAAGUAUACAAAAUACAUUUAAUUAUACUGUUAUUAUCAAGGAUUGAUACUCUAUAAUUAUUUUAUCUAAAUCCUGAUGAAUAAAAAUUCUUAGAAUGUCU